ACUACAGCAGAAUGACAGAAUGCGAUUGUGGAAACUUAAAGUUAAAAGUUUACUUUUUGUGACAUUUUUACUCAUAAUAACGUUUGCUCUAGUGAAGUUUAUUGUAAACCAAGGAUCUGGAAAUGUACAGUUCACGUAUGAGAAAGAAGGAGGAAUGCCUGGCUCUUUGAACGUGGACAUUUGGGAAGAACUAUGCGGCCAAAAGAUGCUGUCACUAACACAGUUUCCACUCUUUCCUCAAGGACCGUCUGCGCGAUUACAAACGCCAAAUUUGCGGCUAUAUUUUCGACCACAAUCGGAAAAUUCUGGGCUACGGAUAUUUGGAUUUCUGUCCCCCUUCGAAUCUGGGGAUUACAGUUUUUAUUUAGAUACAAGUGAAACUUCAGAACUUUGGUUGAGUUUGGAUUCAAAUCCAGAGAACAGCAAAUUGAUUGCAAAUUCAACCUCAGGGCAAGAGUGGAAAUUUGACAGCAAUUUAAACAGCGUUUCUUUGCUUGCUGGAAAGCGUUAUUAUUUGGAAAUUUUACUCAAAAUAGGAAAAUAUGAGUGGAUUUUUCAUCACUUUGAAGUUAAGUGGAAAUCAUCCUCUUGGAGGGAAGAUGACAUCAGAGAAAUCCCAUCCAAUGUGUUUAUUGCUAAUGAUAAGUUUAAACAAGUUCGAACAAUUGAUCGCAACACAAAUUUUGUUCUUCCUAUGCACAGUAAACGCCAAGAUCCUAGAUUUGCAAUGGAGGAAUUACGACGCCGUGCAGAAAUGUAUCUCCUCCCUUUCAUUAGUGAAAAGGAUUCCAAAAAUCUUUUUCCUGCAUGUGACUACAAUCCUUCAUACCUGGUGAAAGGACCUUUAAAAAGGUACCAGUCCACUUGGGAAUUGCAUUAUUCGUCCAUUUAUCCGUUUGACUACAGUGAUGUAGUGUGCAAGGCAAAAAAUGAUUUUUUAUCUCUUGGGAAUGACCAGUUGGAUAAAGACAUUGCCGAGGCAGUCGCUUCUCAAGUCUGGAUACAGCUGGAGAAACAACAUCCUGGGUAAAUACCUGUUUAGUUCUAUUAUAGUGGAUCUGUAAUGCAACCAAAAUUACUUUGGCAAAAUUUGUGUGUCCCCAAAAGACUGUGGUUUGCAUUUCCUAACUCUUAAGCCUGGUUCUCAUAUGCAACUGACCGAAUUAAAAACUGUGACAUUGCCGCUGGAACGAGAGGUAUACAUUGUUCCAAUACAAGAAAAGAUUAAGUCACCAAUAACAGAGGCCAUCCCAGGAUUUUGUUGGCAUGCCUGGAAAUUUGACUGCAGUUCAACUUCCCAGGCAUGUUUGUGGUAAAGUCCUGUAAUAUUUCUUUUGGCCAGCAGCUUAAGUCUUCAUACCAUAUUUCCCUCGAAUAAGUGUACCCACUCAAAUAAGUGCCCUCAUAAGCACCAACCAAAAAUAAGUCCAUAAUAUCAAACAAGCUCCUUGCUCAAAUAAUUGCCCCUUCCCUCCCCUUCACUUUCUGAUACAAGGGGAAUUUGAAGGUCUGCAUAUUGUUGGCAAGGAUGAUCUUGAGGAUGACAAGAUAAACAAUAUUUUAUAAACCUGCAGACCAUUACAUUUUUGUGUUAAGUGCUUAAUGGGACUAAGGUAUGCUUGAUAUUACAACUUCUCCUUUAACAAGGAAAAGACUAUUAAUAUUAACUGUACAUUUCUAUCAAAAAUUGAGCCAAAACAAAGUUAGGAAAACUUAAUAAGCAACCCUCUCAAUUUAGUGCCCUCCUUUGAAUAUGCACCUUUUUUAGCCUUAAUUCCAAAUAGGCACCUUGGCGCUUAUUCAGGGGAAUACGGUUUGUUGGAACAGUAUCCCAGGCAGUAGUGGUGGCAUUGGCGCAGGUAAAUUGAUUGCAUAUGAGAAUUAUUAGGGUUUCAGACUUGUCAGUGAAAAGUAAGUCCCUUUUUAUAUGGAGAAACGUUUUCCCACAAAAUAGGGUACCCCCCCCAGAUAAGUCAACUUUAGCAAGCAUAAAUGUCAUCCCCUUUGCCUGGGUCAAGAGUGCUCGCCCAUGUUCUGGUUGUCUCACAUUGCUUGAGUUGACCCCUGAGUGAGCCAAAGUGUUGAUUUUAUUAAGCAUUGUUCCUCUUCUGAAUUAUAAUGCUCAUAUCAUGCUUACAACAUACUUUAUUCCUGGAAGUGAUAGAUUAUUUUUGAUACCAAUAAAGGAUUGGUUUUGGGGGUAUUAAGGGAACCUGGCCGAUUGGUAAUAAAAAUUUGGCCAAAACAUAUUCCCAUCCUAUUAGCAGCCUAUGCUCUGGUUUUCUGUCAUUUGGUGUUGUAGACAAAGAAAACCAAAGCACUUAGAGAUGUAAUGUUAAAUUUAAACAGGGCUUCAAUGUUUGAUGUCUGACUAUCCUUCAUCAUUUGAUCAUUAUUCUACUUUUAAAUCAGGGUUUGGUUUAAGUAAUGGUGCAGAUAAGAAAGGAAGGACCAAAAUGCAGUGAACACGUCGGAAUGCAAAAAGGUGCUAACUUUACUAUUGUCUCUACUAUGGUUCUGAUUGGUUUAAACAUCAAAUUUUACGAAAUCUUCGCAAAGCAGCAUGUAUAUUAAUCCCUUUUUUUCUAUCCAACUUCCUUAUAACAAAAUCUCGUCUGAGUCGUAUGUGCAGAUCAUGUAAAAUUGUGAACAUUUCUUGGCCACUGUUUGGAACUCUUGUGAUUCGUCGAAAUGUCUUAACACAAACAUACACCCUUUAAAAGUGGAGUUUAAAUACAUUUUCUUUCGUAAACUGCCUUUUUGUAGAUUUAUGCAUUCUCUGCUUAAAAAUGAAAACAUUUCUAUGUGAGCAAAGCGUAUUCUGCCACAGCAAAACAAAUUGCUUCCCUUCUUACCUGGAUCAUCUCUUAAUAAGUUUUCAGUUAUCCAGCUAAAGCAUGUGAUAGUGGAACCUGUAAAUUAUUAUAAACUCAAUAUUCAAAUUAUCAAAUUCAAAUCUUAUUCUACUAACAAACCAUUGCGCCAGUUCUUUGCUGUACAAGUAGGCAGAUAUAAUAUUUAUUAGUUACUAGUAAAUGAAAGCUGCUUUAGAUAAUAUUAUGUAAGAUAUUAAUGAGAACUUGGUCUAACAGGUCUAAUAGGUGGGGGCACUUAUUGGAAAGUUCACCGGGGUAGUAAUGCAGAGGCCAGGGACUCAUGAGCCCCGUUAGGGCUCCGAAUAAAUUUGGGACCUGUUGACAAGUUCGGCCAAAGAUAUGUUAGCUCUGUUAGUAACAUGUCUCUUGAAGUUCUCUCUUCUGACUGGUCAAAAUGUUUGAAAAGAUGCCUUUUUUGUCUGGGUGAUUUUACUCUUCUGAUUAAAAAGAGCAGCAAACCGAAGGUUUGUCCAGACAAAUUGUCAUCUUGGCCGGACAUUGUCCAUUGACCAGCCAUUAUUUUGAGCCCUACAGUCUCAAAUUUAUAUUCAUUCUGAUAAUAAUUAUGAGAUUUUGUUUUCCUUCAAUUUAGGAAAUACUCUUUUGUACGAAUCCUAAAUGUGGAAGAAAAACAUGACCAAAGAAAAGGAGACAGGUACUUGGUGGAAUUGGAACUGAAAGAAAAUUCUGUCGGAAGACCUGUAAGGUUCUCAGAAUAUGUGUACAGACCGUGGGGUGCACAAACGCUCUGUACCCCUGUGGGCGUGGCCUGGAAGAAAAGUGCUGUUGUCAACAUUUUGCUUACAACUGGAAAUAACCAGGGACGGUGGAUUCUUCACUUCCUUGAUAACAUGGCAAGAAUUUAUAACAGAACCAAGGAUGCCAAUUUUAAUGUUGUUAUUGUCGAUUUUGACAGCAAAGACAUUGAUAUUGACAAUGCCUUGAAGAAGGCGUCAAUUCCAUCUUAUCAAUAUACUAAUACAAAGGGGGAUUUUUCAAGGGCCUUGGGGCUACAGAAAGCUGCUGAAAUGGUCAGAGAUCCAAAUUCAAUUCUUUUUGCUAUGGAUCUUCAUCUGGAUAUCCCUUAUCAUUUCCUGGAUGAUGUUAGAAAGGUUAGUGAAGCGUAGUUGCUCUGGCCAGAGGGGGUUCGGGACAGCCCGGGGGUAUGAGAACUUCUUUUCCGAUCAACUUGACUGGCAACUUUUUGUUUAAAUCCCAGGGAUGUAGCGAAGCAUUGUCCAGAGGAAUGUACACUCAGUUUUCUGAGUCAACCCUAAGGUUGGGUUUCCACUGAUACGUAUAUUGUAUUUGGUGCGCACGUAAAUUUUACACGCGUAAGUAAAUUAGACGCAAUGCAUGGGAGGUCGUGCGUAACGUAAAAGUUGAACCUUACUCAACUUUUAUGGUUUACGGAUGGCACUUCAUACAUUGCUUUUUUUUUAUGCCCGUAAAAUUUAUGUGCGUACCCAGGUAAAAAUUUCAUGACAGUUGAAAUCCAUGCCCUUUUUUUUAUCUUUGACGUUUUUUUCACAUGAGUACCCUCGAGCAGGUAGGGAGUAGGAUGUAUCCGAGACGGGGGGAGAUACAUGGAAAAAAUCGUAUCGACAAGCAAAUUUUAGGAGAUUGAAUCGCUUUGACGUUUUUUUCACAUGAGUACCCUCGCGCAGGUAGGGAGUAGGAUGUAUCCGAGACGGGGGGAGAUACAUGGAAAAAAUCGUAUCGACAAGCAAAUUUUAGGAGAUUGAAUCGAUAUCAAUGUGUUUUUGCGGACAACAAAGUUUAAAAGUGAUGAUGUUGUUCGUUGCGUUUUUUUUCUGAGGUUAAAAAAUCACUUUAUUAAACUGAGAAGCCGAAAUAUGUGUGGAAUGAAAGGCUUAUGUUUGGAUCUUUGCCCAACAAAAGAAUGAAAAUGAUUUAACAGUUUUUUGCUCAUUAGAAGGAGCACACCUUCAUUUAUACAUUGAAUACGUCGAUCUUACUUUUGGUUUUGUCAUUCUUAUCUUUCAGCACUCUGUUCAACACAAGAUUGCCUACUGUCCUCUUCUUGUACGCUUAGGCUGUGGAGCAACAGCUACCGAGCCUUUUGGCUUUUGGGAAAUUUAUGGUUUAGGAUUGAUAACUUUGUACAAGAGUGACUGGGACAAAAUUGGAGGAAUGAACGUCAAGGAAUUUAAGGAGAAAUGGGGUGGGGAGGACUGGGAAUUUGUCGAUCGCUUGUUGGAAGCUGGCAUGGAGGUUGAAAUGCUCAAAAUGUUGCAUUUUUUUCACUACUUCCAUUCAAAGAAAGGCAUGUGGAAUAACAUCAACAGCCAUGCAAAAGGUGACAUUUUGAGCAAAUAUUGGUACACGUAUUGACGGUGGAUCACUGUGUAGUUGCCAAAUAAGAAUCUCAGGGCUUAAAGGCUGGUAACUCAAACCAAGUUCGAUAAACACAUGUACGCGAGAUAAUAUUCUUUCAGUGAUUAGCGUAAGCUGUCUUGGAGUCCCACCAGUAGAUAGACUACAAGUAGUCCCCUAUUUUUCCUCGGGGGAUAGUAGAGCGAGCGAAACGCGAGCGCGCGUGAAAAUCACCCCACGCGAGAAAAAGUGUCGCCUUUUCUUGCGUGGGGUGAUUUUCAUCGCGCUCGCGUUUCGCUCGCUCUACUAUCCCUGAGGAAAAAUGGGGGACUACUCGUAGUCUAACCAGUAGAUGGACAUUUCGCUAAAACGAAUAACAAGGGUCAGUUGCUGCCGCUCUUUAGCCAGUUUCUAUAACUUUAUGAGGGAGACACCUCGCUGCUUAGCCUCUUUCAGGCGUUGAGAUAGUAGACCGCGGCGCUAGAUGGUGGGGAGCCAGUGAAAUCGUACGCGGGAAAAACAAGGGGAGAACUGGCUAAUAUUGUGAUCACUGAUUUUCAUACCGCACUGGAAAAAGCUACCAACAUAAUAUUCAGAUAAUAUAGAUCAGCCAAUGUCACAGUAAUCCAUGUCUUAUAAUGGA